CCUUUGCUGCAAUUUCCCAUUCACCUGGCUUGUGGGCGAGUGAACGGAGCCCUGACGGCCACGAAGAUAUUGCUAACAGCAAUGGGCAAAGAAGGAAGACUAGUCAAAAAUAAGGAUGGAGCGCCGCCAUUGUUUAUGGCUAUCGAAUCGGGUAACGUUCCGGUAAUAAGAGAGCUGCUAUCUCAACUCAGCAGUCAGCAAGUUGCCUGCCAAAGAGAGGACACAGGGGACACAGCUCUGCAUAUCGCCUGUCGGAAACGAGAUGUGGACGCUGUCAAAAUUCUCAUCGAUGCCAAGAUAGCGCUGGACACAAAGAAUAAAGAGAAACAAACACCAGUGCAUGUUGCCACAUGGGCAGGAGAUGAGGGUGUACUGAAGUGCCUGUACGCUGCUGGAGCUAAUUUUAGUAUUCCAGAUAAGAUGGAAAGAAUGCCACUCCACAUAGCAGCAGAGUGUGGACAUACGAGUUUGGUGGAUUUCCUCAUCAGCCACUGUAAAGCCACCCUCACAGAACGGACACGAGAUGGCAGCACUCUCAUCCACAUCGCUUCCAAAUAUGGGCAUCCGGAAACGGCGCUGGCAUUUCUCAAGAAAGGUGUCCCCCUGUUGAUGCCCAAUAAGGAUGGGGCUAUAUGUCUUCAUGUGGCAGCCAUGAUGGGCCACACAAACGUUGUGAAGGCGCUCAUUGCCAAAGGAGCUGCUGUGAAUUCGGCAACAAAGGAUGGCCAGACUGCCCUGCAUCUUGCAGUCAAAUACAAAAUGCCACAAGUUGUUCAGGCUCUUAUUGGGUGUGGAGCUCAGGUGGAAACCAAGGGUGGUGAGCAUUUAGAGACUCCGCUUCACAUAGCCGCGCGGACAGAAGAGGGCGAGACAUGUGCCGAAAUGUUACUGAAAAGUGGCGCUGAUGUCAAUUCUACUCGAGAGAAUGGUGAAACAGCACUGCACGUGUCAGCCAGGUACGGGAGACUCAGUGUUCUCAGAGCUCUGCUCAGAGAGGGGGCCAAUCCGAUGUACCAAUCGAAGGCAGGAGAAACAGCUUUACACAUCGGGACUCGACAUUGUCACCUGGAAGUUGUGAAAGAGCUGCAGGAGUUUGUCUGUCUCAAGAAAUCUCUGCACGAUGCAAUCGCUUUGGUUAACCAGCAGAAUUAUGAAGGGGAGGCUCCGAUUCACUGCGCCUCUGAGAUCAAGAAGAGCCAGGCACACAAUGACUUCGAAGACACGGACUUGGUUAAGUUGAUACUGAGCUACAAUGCAAAUGUAUCAUACACCACAAAACUGACACAAGAAAGCUGUCUACACUACUGUGCCCGGGCUGGUAAUGCUGACGUCAUGAUGGAGAUUGUCAAACAUCUGGGUGCGCUGAUUCAGGGAAUAGUCAAUAAACAGUCUAAGAAUGGCCAGUCCCCAUUGCUGGUGGCCAGUGAACAGGGACAUCUGGACAUUGUGAAAAUACUUCUAAAGAAUCAAGCCAGGGUGGACAUUUUUGAUGAGCAUGGAAAGACUGCCCUACAUCUGGCAGCUGAAAAUGGCCACGAACAAGUAGCAGACAUGCUCCUCUAUCACAAAGCGUUUGUCAACGCUAAAUCCAAGCAUGGACUCACACCGCUGCACCUAGCAGCAGCCAAUGGAAAUGUGGCGCUCGUUAAGUUACUGGUUGGGAAACAUGCAGCCACAAUAGACGCCCUCACUUUGUCCAAGAAGACAUCUCUACACAUGGCAGCUGAGAAUGGGCAGAAGGAGGUGUGUCGAGCUCUCAUCAAGAUGAAGGCCGAUACCAAUGCAACUGAUGUGCAUGGGCAGACACCGCUUCACCUAGCUGCCGAGAACAAUCAUUCGGAUGUUGUCAAAUUGUUCCUAAAGUACCGACCAGAGCUUGUUACAAUGGCAAACACUGAUGGCAUGACCUGUGCACACAUCGCUGCGGCUAUGGGCAGUGCCGCUGUAAUCAAAGAGUUGAUGAAAUUCAACAAGAUUAUAAUUACGACUGCCAAAAAUAAGACCAACGAUUCAACUGCCCUACACCUGGCAGCCGAUGGUGGCCAUGCUGAAGUUGUCAAAGUCCUGUUGGAGGCAGGAGCUUCUGCCCUGGAGGAAAAUGCGGAUGGGAUGACAGCUUUGCACCUGGCUGCCAAACAUGGACACAUCAACGUGAUGAACGAGCUGAAAGGUUACAUUCCAUUUAACACCACCAGUGCCAAGACCGGCCUGACAGCCCUGCACGUCGCCGCUUACUUUGGCAAGUCUGACUUUGUGAGAGAGAUGUUGAUCAAUGUCUCCGCCUGUGUAAAAAGUGAUUCUCCAAUGUCAAGUGCGUUUGGUUCCCAGUGGUCUUCAGAAUCGGGCAUGACUCCCCUCCAUUUUGCUGCCCAAUCUGGCCAUGAGGGUCUCGUGAGAAUACUGUUAAACUGUCCAGGAGUGCAGACGGAUUCUGCUACCAGUGUUUCGGGCUCCAUUCCACUUCAUUUGGCUGCAGGAAAUGGCCACACCUCCGUGGUCAGCCUUCUUCUGAGUAAGUCCACUUACCAAAUCCACACCAAGGACAGAAAAGGCCGGACAGCCCUCUUGCGAGCAGCAGCCAACGGCCACCUGGAGAUGUGUGCCUUGCUGAUUGGUCAGGGGGCUGAUAUUAACACGGCAGACAGGAACGGCUUCACAGCUCUUCACUUUGCCAGCAAUGCAGGCUACAUCAGUGUGGUCAAACUACUGGUUGAGUCUGGAGCAUCAGCAAACUUUGAAACUAAGGAUGGCAAGAUACCAAUCACGUUCGCGGCUUCAGCCAAUCACAUCGAUGUGUUGAGUUAUUUGCUGAGGAAAGAUCACAGCACCCGGCUACUCAUGGAGGACAGGAAAUUUGUGUUUGAUCUGAUGGUUUGUGGGAGAAUGAACAACAACAAGUGUAUCGAAGAGUUCAUUCUUUUAUCUCCCGCUCCGGUGGAUACAGCAGCAAAACUGGCAAGGAACUUUCAACUUCAGGCAGAAAAAGAAAAGGAAAGAUCAAGGGACCUUGUUGGCGCCAGUGUGUACUGUGAAUCUAUGGCGGUUGAGCUGGCAGCCAUCGCCUCCAAUGUCAGUGGUGCCAGAAAGUUGCUAAAAGCUCUAGAUCCUAAUGGAAUUCCUUUUCUGGAUGUUCUCAUUGAAAUGGAGCAAAAGGAGGUUGUGGCCCAUCCUGCUGUACAGAAGUAUUUAUCAGACGUCUGGACAGGAGAUCUUCGUUGGGCUAACUGGAAAAUUGUCAUGCUUUUCUUCGCACUUAUUUUCAUCCCUCCGGUCUGGAUUCACUUUUCCCUUCCUAGAAAACACAGGUUUCACAAGGUGCCAAUCAUAAAAUUCCUGACCUAUCUUGCCUCGCACGUUCACUUGAUGAUACUGUUGUCGCUUGCCAUUGUUUCCCCUCUGGUACCCAUCUACAAAUCAGUCUCACUGAUCCCCCACUGGAACGAGUGGCUUCUUCUGGCCUGGCUGUCAGGACUACUGGUUUCAGAACUGACAAAUCCCGGAGAUAGACAAGGUCUGGGCUGGAUUCGAACCGUGAACCUCGGUAUUAGUGCUAUCGCUAUUUUCUGCCACCUUUUGGCGACCGCGUUUGACGACAAUGAUCGUAUGGUACUACUGUAUAUCCGCAAUCAGUUCUUCGCCUGGGUUCUGCUGUUGACUUUUGUACAGUUGUUGGAAUUCUUGAGCUUUCAUCACUUGUUUGGACCUUGGGCCAUUAUCAUCAGAGACCUAAUUAAAGAUCUGGUUCGAUUCCUAGUCAUCUUGCUCAUUUUUAUGUUGGGAUUUACGUUUAAUUUGACAGCUCUCUACCAGCCUGUGUACAGUCCGUCUGUGAGUAGCGAGGUAGGAACAGGUUAUCCAGACCCUCCUCCUCUGGAACCGCUGGACACAUUUGAGUUCCUCUUCUUUGCCCUGUUCGGGUUGACAGACCCAAGUGCUUUCCCACCACUGAACCGAAGCCCCUCAUGGACUCUGAUCCUGCUAAAAUUUGUAUUCGGCACCUAUAUGAUGAUAAUCUUCGUGGUGCUGAUCAACUUGCUGAUCGCCAUGAUGUCCGACACUUACCAGCGCAUCCAGCAACAGUCGGACGUGGAGUGGAAGUUUGGCAGAGCAAAACUCAUCAGAAACAUGAUCAAGACAUCGGCCACGCCGACUCCGCUGAACUUGUUCACGAUACCGUACCUCUACUUGAAGAUGGCAUGGAAACUUAGAUGUAAACUCUGGAGCCCCGAAGCGUCCUCCUAUGCAAAUGAGGAAGACCACGACACACUAUCUGACUCGCUCUCAAUGGACAAUUUCGGAGGAUCGAAUUUUCUAUGGAAGCGCAAAAGUACAGUCGGCCCCGCAGUUUUGACACCCCAUAUCACACAAAACAUCGAAGAUGUAGUCAACUGGAAACUGGUCUGUCACCGCUACUUGAUAAUGCAGGGGUCGUGUGAUCUAGAUGGGUCAGUCAACCGAGGUACUGACCUCAUGGGCAUGGACGCAAUGGAUGACCAGGUCAACGGUACAGAUACAUUUAAGAAUGGCGCCACAAACCGAGCAGCGGUCACCUGA